GGCUAAUACCGCCUCCCUGCCUCCUCCGUCCAAUCAGCGCUGCUCACUGGGGAAGUGGGCGUGGUCUGUUCCUUCCAGGAGCGCCGCUGUCAUCCAGCACUAGUGAGAAAGCUGCAAAAUGCGGCGGCGGGAGUCGGGCCGGCCCAAGGCUUCAGGCCUAACGCAGCGUGUGAUCAGUCACUUCUUCAAACCGCAGGGCGGUGAGGCUAAGCAGUCGGGGGCAGCCAGCUCUGCGCAGGCGGUAAAUUCCUCCAUAUCCCCAGAGGAUGAGCCCACUGCAAAAAAGAGAAGAAGCCACCAAGUCGGUGAGGGGAGCGAUGGCAUGGCUUUGGAAAAGAAAGAACAUACAAUCUGUGGAAAGUCGCUGAUCUCCAGCCGCACCCUGCACAGAUUACGAGCGUUUUCCAGUGAUUCUGGUAACAGUCAUGACCUAAAAGGACCAGAGACCCUUACCCCUUCCCCUGGCAUCUCAAAGUCAGAAACCAAAGAGGAAGAGGAAAACUCGCAUUCUAUUCCCAGGGCAGAGAAAGUCUCUUUGAAGACAUCUACUACAUUUCCAUCUUCCAGACACCAAGAACAAACUGCAAAUUCUUCAGAAGCAAAAAACCCCAACCGCAGAACCAAAAGUAUUUACACGCCCCUUGAGGAGCAGUACAUGGAAAUUAAGGAGAAGCAUAAGGAUGCCAUUUUGUGCGUUGAAUGCGGAUACAAAUACAGGUUCUUUGGAGAGGAUGCUGAGAUUGCAGCCCGUGAGCUGAACAUUUAUUGCCACCUAGACCACAACUUUAUGACAGCAAGUAUCCCCGCUCACAGGUUAUUUGUCCAUGUCAGACGGCUCGUGGCAAAAGGCUUUAAAGUCGGAGUUGUGAAGCAGACAGAAACGGCUGCGCUGAAGGCGGCUGGUGAAAAUAAAAACUCGUUAUUUACAAGGCAGCUCACAGCCUUAUACACUAAAUCCACACUCAUUGGAGAAGAUGUGAACCCAUUGGUAAACAUCGAUGAUUCUUUGGAGGUUGAGACAAUUGCGACUGACGCCCCAUGCAGCUACCUCCUGUGCAUAUGUGAAAAGCAUGAGAAGUCUAAAACGAAGAAAGCCGAUGACAUUAUUUUUGGGCUGAUGGCUGUUCAUCCAUCUACAGGAGAAGUGAUAUUUGACAGUUUUCAUGACUCUAAAUCACGGUUUGAGUUAGAGACGAGGAUUUUACAUUUGCAGCCGGCUGAAAUGUUACUUCCCUCUGAGAUUUCUGAAGGAACUGAAAAGCUCAUCUAUAACAUAACAGCAGCAUGUCUAAGAGAUGAUGACCGUAUAAGAAUUGAAAAAAGGGACAAAGAUCAUUUUGAGUACAGUCAUGCUUUUCAGCUCGUCAGUGAGUUUUAUGGGAAUGAUGCAGAUGCAUCUGCAGGUUCUCAAAGGUUAAUGCACAUCCUGAAGCUAGACGAGGCAGUGAUUCGUUCUUUGGCAGCGCUCAUCACAUAUUUGAAAGAAUUUCGCCUGGAAAGGAUACUCUAUAAUCCAAGCUGUUUCAUGCCAAUGUCGAACUCUGUUGAAUGCUUUAAUAUGAAUGGGACAACUCUAAGAAACCUGGAAAUCUUACAGAAUCAAACAGACCAGAAGACAAAGGGAAGCUUGAUAUGGGUCCUGGACCACACAAAAACACCGUUUGGCAAAAGAAAGCUCAAGCAAUGGGUGACGCAACCAUUAAUUGAUGCAAGCAAAAUAAAUGCUCGGCUUGAUGCGGUGUCUGAGAUCCUUUCAUCGGAUAGCUGUUUCCUCGGUCAAAUUCGUGGCUAUCUCUGUAAGCUGCCUGACCUGGAAAGAGGGAUUUCCAGUAUUUAUUACAAAAAAUGUUCCCCUCAGGAGUUCUUCUCAAUCGUCAGCACCUUGUGCAAUUUAGAAAGCCGCUUUCAGGUAUUGAUUCAUGUCGUGAACUCACAAGUUAAGUCAGCUUUGUUGAAAAUGAUUUUUACCGAAGUCCCACAAAUUCUCAGUCCACUGCAGAAGUUUAUGCAGGUGUUAAAUGAAGAAGCAGCCAAGGCCGGAAAUAAGACUAACCUGUUCACGGACCUCACAGACUUUCCUAUAAUAAAAGAAAGGAAGGCUGAGAUCCAGGAGGUAAUUUCACAACUGCAAGGACAUGUUAAAGAAAUCCGUCUCGUAUUGAGAAAUCCUUCCUUAUCUUAUACCACAGUGUCUGGACAAGAGUUUUUAAUUGAAGUUAAGAAUUCUUUGCUCUCCUGUGUACCAUCCAACUGGGUUUCUAUAAGUAGCACAAAAGCUGUCAGUCGCUUCCACUCUCCUUUUAUUGUCGAAAAUUACAGACAUCUGAAUCGGCUUCGGGAGCAGUUAGUCCUUGACUGUAAUACUGAAUGGCUACGGUUUCUUGAUAAAUUUGGAGAGCAUUAUCAUUCAGUAUCUAAGGCUGUGAAUCACCUAGCAACUGCCGACUGCAUCUUCUCUUUUGCUGAAGUGGCCAAGCAAGGUGAUUACUGCAGACCAACCGUUCAUGAUCAAGGAACUGAAAUAAUCAUUAAAAAUGGCCGCCAUCCGGUGAUAGAUUUACUCUUAGAAGAGCAAAAUCAGUAUGUUCCGAACAGCACCAGUCUGUCGGCAGACAUGGAGAGAGUCAUGAUAAUCACUGGGCCUAACAUGGGCGGGAAGAGCUCAUACAUCAAACAGGCUGCCCUCAUCACCAUCAUGGCACAAAUAGGCUCUUAUGUCCCUGCAGAAGAAGUCACUAUCGGCGUUGUGGAUGGAAUAUUUACAAGAAUGGGAGCUGCUGAUAAUAUCUAUAAAGGAAGAAGCACUUUUAUGGAGGAGCUGUCAGAGACGGCAGAGAUUUUAAAGCAAGCAAGUCCUCGGUCUCUUGUCAUUUUGGAUGAACUGGGAAGAGGCACCAGUACACAUGAUGGGAUCGCCAUAGCAUACGCAACUCUGGAGUACAUUAUAAGAAAUGUGACAUCAUUGACCCUGUUUGUCACUCAUUACCCGCCAUUGUGUGAACUGGAAACCCUUUAUCCUACUGUUGUUGGAAACUACCAUAUGGCCUUCUUUAUCGAUGAAGAGCAGGGGAAUGAACAUGAGUAUGAAGUUGCAGAUAAGCCAGAGCAUAUCACAUUUUUAUAUCAGAUAGCUCGAGGAGUUGCUGCAAGGAGUUAUGGAUUGAAUGUUGCUAAACUGGCUAACGUCCCAGAGGAAGUUUUAAAGAAAGCAGCUUGUAAAUCUAAAGAGCUGGAGGGGUUAGUGGAGAUGAAAAGGAAGAAGAUGGGGACAUUUCAAACAGCUUGGAAUAUUCAGAGUACUAAAGAACUGAAAGAAUUACUGAACUCCGAAUCAUCUGAUCAUUCAUCUUGAUACACGAAAGCUAAUGUGGAAUUCAUUGGGGUGAAAGAGACAUAGACACUAGGGAUGCACUGAAUGCAUACUUUAUGAUUUGUGCUGAAUAUAAAGUGGAAUAGGAACCCUAAUAUACAUGAAAAAUUAGGCACAAGGGACAUUAUUGAUGCAGCAUUGAUAUAGCUUCAGCUCAUGUCAGUCCUCAAAGCAAAAGGAUUUCAGUCGGAGUCACCAUUUAAGAAGCUGUAGAAAUAAUACACUUGUGUAUUUGUCACGUGGCUCUUAAUUUCUAAUCAUGAACAUAAAAAAAAUUAAUUUAGGUAACGAUUGA